GCAUGGAAUAACAUGAUGGAUAUUCAAACGACAAAUACGCGAAGAAAAAUAUUAAAUCACGUAGUAUGUAGCAUUCUGGUAGAAUGCGGCUACGACACUUGUGAGAAACAAGCCUUAGAGACGUUAACAGAGAUGCUACAGUCCUUUAUUGUAGAAGUUGGAGAAUCUGCUAGGAAUUACUGUGAACUUUCUGGCAGGACAGAACCACUCAUUGCAGAUGUUAUACUAGCACUGAUAAAUAUGGGUAUAAAAUUAGAUAAUAUAGAGACAUAUGGAAAGAGAUCAAAUAGGACAGUAUUACCACCGCUUCAGCAACAGACUCAGUCAAAGCAAUUGAAUAUUUUACAAGCUGGAGUGAAACAGGGUCAUCCAUCUCACAUACCAAGUUAUUUACCGUCUUUCCCCGAUCCCCACGCGUACAUAAGAACACCGACGCAUAAACAACCAGUAACAGAGUAUGAAGCGAUAAGAGAAAAAGCGGCAACACAGAAACGUGAUAUUGAGAGGGCAUUGACUAGGUUUAUUGCAAAAACUGGAGAAACGCAUAGUUUAUUUUUAACAGAAGACAACAGUAUGUUUCCAUUAAUAUCGUGUAAACCGCAAUUCCCUAGCUAUUUGUCUGCACUUCUUCCACAAGAUCAAGUGUUUGAAGCUGAGCAAGACUUUCACUUCGAACCAAGCCCGGUAAAAAAGAAGAAGGAACCAGAAAAAGAAGAGAAAGAGGAAGGUAUAAAAGGACAGAAUGAAGGUACUGAGCAAAACGGGGAAGCCACAGCACAACAAGAUGCCAUUGAUAAUCCAUAUUUACGACCUGGGAAAAUACCAAAGAAUAAAAUGCCAGGGGCUACAGUUCCCAAUUUCCAUACAAUGAAGAGGGAUUCUUUAGAAUGUUGA